UUUCAGGCUUCUCAUGCUGAAGUAGGCUGUGCUUCGUAAAGCUGGCCAUAAAAAAAAAAAAAAAAAAUCCAGGGAGCUGAAGAUGGGGCUCAGGAGCAGAGCACUUGUGUAGCAUAAACAACCCUGGGUUCAUUCAAGCUCCAACAUGGAAACUGUCUGCAGACUGAGCGAACCAAGCAUUCUAUCAGAACCCUGAGACUCUGGAUUCUAGGUCCAGCAGCAGCCAGAGGGACCAUGCAGGUCCUCCUCGCUGUGAUGGUCUGGAUGGCUUCUUCUGCAUCUGGUUUUUCAUAUACAGCAAGUACUUUGCCAAAAAUAACAAACGAGGACUUCAUCGAAGAAUGCGUUGAAGUUCACAACCACUUUCGGUCAAAAGCGUAUCCACCAGCCGGGAAUAUGUUGUACAUGUCUUGGGACCCAAAACUAGCCCAAAUUGCAAAUGCGUGGGCACAGUCUUGUGUAUUUCAACAUAAUCCACAGCUGCAUUCGCGAAUACACCCAAACUUUACUGGCCUGGGCGAAAACAUUUGGCUUGGCUCUCUAUCGCUCUUCUCAGUACAUGCGGCCAUCCUCGCCUGGUUUGAAGAAAUCCAGUACUAUGACUUCAGCACUGGGAAAUGUAAAAAAGUCUGUGGGCAUUACACUCAGAUUGUUUGGGCAGAUAGUUACAAGAUUGGCUGUGCAGUGCAACUCUGCCCCAGAGGAGCAAAUUUUAUUUGCAACUAUGGACCAGCAGGGAAUUACCCAACGUGGCCAUAUAAGCAGGGAGCCACUUGCAGUGCUUGCCCAAAGGAUGACAAGUGCCUGAACAAUCUCUGCACUAACCCACAACGAGAUCAGGUCUCACGUCACUCUGCUGAUUAUCCAGAUGGGCCUAAAUAUCUACGUAACAGAUACACAUCGCUCUAUCUCAUUGCUAAGUCAGUUCUCCUAAUACUGUCUGUCAUAAUUACCAUUUGGGUAAAGCACAAAUACCCUAACUUAGUUCUUUUGGACUAAUGCCCUGGUUAGGAGACAACUUAUCAUAUGUGGUGAUUUUAAAAUGUUUCAAUAAAAUCUUAGAAGAGU